CCAACCCUUUCUCUCUCACACACAGAAGACAUAUAAAAGUGUAGUGAAUAUUCUUUGGGGAUUUCGCAGUUGAUAGGAGCCCACUAUUAGUCUAAUAUCCCAGUCAUGGAGGAGGGAUACAGAAUUGACCUGGACUACAUCACGGAGCGCAUCAUCACCGUAUCCUUCCCUCAGGCAUGCCCAGAUCAGACCUAUCUCCAGAACCUGUAUGACAUCACACAGAUGCUCAAAUCCAAACAUGGCCACAACUACAUGGUGAUCAACCUCUCAGAGAAGAAUGAUAGCCUGACCCAGAUGAACCCCAAGGUGUUGGACACGGGCUGGCUAGACCUGCUGGCCCCGUCCAUGGAACAGAUGUAUGGUGUGUGUAAGACCAUGGAUAACUGGCUCCACUCACACACACAGCAUGUUCUGGUCAUGCACUGUCAGGGUGGUCAAGGCAGAGUCGGGGUGAUGGUGGCCUCCUACAUCCACUUCAGCAGCAUAUCAGCCAGGGCAGACCUGGGUCUAGACCACUUUGCCAUGAGAAGGUUCUACAACAACAAAGUAUCUUCCCUGAUGAAUCCCUCGCAGAAACGGUAUGUGUGGAUGUUCAGCAGUCUGCUGAGGGGAGUUAUGAACAUGGAUCCCUCUCCUCUCUUCCUCCUUUGUGUGGUUCUUCACGGCGUGCCCAACAUCAAUUCUGAAGGAGGAUGGCGUCUGUUCCUGAGAGUGUACCAGAGCCUGCAGGCCGUCUGUACUUCAGCAGUCUAUCACGUGCGAGCAGUGCAGACAGACAGGGUUUACUUUGUACUGAAACCAGCUCAACUGCUGAAGGGAGACAUAAUGGUGGUGUGUUAUAAUAAAAACCACCAGACAGCCAGCCGAGAGGUCAUCUUCAGGCUCCAGUUUCACACUGGCAUUAUCCACGGUCGCACCCUGCUUUUCCCCAAGGAAGACCUUGACACAGCUCAUAUAGAUCCCAGGUUUCCAGACGAUGGGAAAGUUGAGUUGGUGUUCUCUGAAAGUCCUGAAAAGAUGCCAGGCAGUGGUCACUGGCAAAACGGACCCUCUGUCAUCGUGGACUACGAUUCCUGGGACCCCCUGGUUCGACGGGACUCCUAUGAGUACAUCUCUCCAGAAGGACUAGCUCUGCCUCGUAGCCCGGGCCCUGUCGAUGGCAACCUAUCCGCCAGAGUAAGGAAGGGAAGUAGUGACGAAGGAGCUCCGUUUCACCUGGCAACCAGCUGCCCUAUCCCCAGUGACCUUAAACUGUCAGCCAGCAAAGACGCAGGCCUCUCUAUCGCCUCCCAGAGGACCGGAGGUAUUACUGCAGUGAGCCCCAAGAGAGGGCCCAGUCAGGACGAACUUACCCAGCUCAGGCGGCUUCUAUCUGGGGUCGGCCUGGAACCUCAUCUGGAGGACAUAACUGACCUCCCAGCCUCCUGCAACGCAGCGAGGGAGAUGGAGGGGGAUGAGGCUGGGUUAGGGCAGCCUGUGAAGGCCUCUCCUAGCGAGAGGGAGUCAGACAUCCUUUAUGAUGACGAGGUUAGCCCCGAGGCUAGCAUUGGCUCGUUCUCCUCUGAGAGCAUACCUGAAGCCCAGGGAUUGGUCCAGAGUGGAAGUGGAUACUCCACCCCCUCCACCCAAUCAUGGGUGCAGCAGCAGCAGAUAGUCGUCAGGGGGCAGGACAGCCCUGUGGAUACACUUUCUCUGAUUGGUCCAAACACCUUGUCACUUCCAGACAUGCCCAAUGGGGGGAGCAGCAGCAGAGAGUCGGUGAAGAGAGGAGUGGAGGGAGGGGUGGGGUCGCCUGUACAGACAAACAGUCACACACACGCCUCACACACCACCCAUACACUGUUGCCCUCAGGGGAACCUUGCGGGCAGGAGGAGCUUGCUUCGUUAGCCACAGACAUUGAUGAGUCCAUUGAGCAGCUUAACCAGCUGAUCCUAGAUCUGGACCCCACCUUCAUACCUGUUCCCACUCGACACACCCCCCUCCCCCUUGCUCUCUCCACCUCCCUCUACACCAAUGGUAACAACCAUACGAAGACACAUGCCAACGCCAGCCAAUCAGGCUGGAAGCACAGACAAGACAGUGAUGUCACUGAUUACCCAGGAUUCUACAGUCCUUGUUGGGGCGGAGCCCAGACAUUCCAGAAUGCUCCGAUCUACAGGCCCAACCUACCUCCCUCCCAGUGUGGUCGUCUCUCCAGGAUGGACAGUGUGGACUAUGAAGGACCGACUCCAGUAACGGACAGCUGUGACAUAGUCCCGUCCACACCAGCAUUUCCUAUCUCUCCUCCAACGCCCUAUGUGAAAAGUUUCCCAGUGUUCUCUUACUUGGGGCAAGGAGAAGGACAUUGGGAGAAGAGCGGAAUAUCACAAGAUUCCCAGAGUUUCCUGGACAGUAGUAUGAACCAGACUCCAGUGUCGUCGGAAGGACAGCAGUUCCGCUCUGAAAUGUCUGUCACUACCGCCUCCUGUCAGAGAAUGUUCGGAUCCAUGCGCUCUGUAUCGUCAGGCAGCUCCUUCCCACACACAGACAGCCAAACUCCACCUCCAGUGUGGCUGGACAGGACUCCUACGUCCCUGUCUUCCCCGUCCCCUUCCCCCUCUCUGUCACCCCUCAGCCUCCCCAAUGCCCACAGCUCUCCCUGGGAGGCCCCGAGGGGCCUGGAGGGGUCCGUGGACCUGAGCCGUGAUGAGAGGAGCAAGGGGUACCAGAGCCAGGGGGAUUUAGCCUCUCUGCUGCUGGGGAAUGGAGGUCUGGGACUGGAGCACAGCCUGUUGAAGGCAGUGGAGGGGCUGGGGGGCCUUGAUUUAGGCCUGAACCUGGGUCUGGACCUGGGGCUUGGAGAGGGCAGACUGGGCGGACGACCACCCCUGCUGCCUGAGAAGAGGGUACCGGGGAUAGGCUUGGGUGGGUCGACGUCCCCCUCGUUCAGUGGGUUCUCCAGCCCCCACAGUGGUAGUAGCCUCAGCAUCCCCUUCCCCUCAGCUAUGACCCCUGACCCUCUCAUGACCUCUGACCAUCUCAAAGGACUCAGUGCUGGUGGUGUAGCCCCCUCGCCUGGAUCAGACCUGUUUGCCAGUAAGCAGCACACUGUAAAGUUUGUUCAGGACACAUCCAAGUUCUGGUACAAGCCUGACAUCUCCAGAGAUCAAGCUAUCACUAUGCUGAAGGACAGAGAACCUGGAUCUUUUGUCGUCAGAGACAGUCACUCGUUCCGCGGAGCCUACGGAUUGGCUAUGAAGGUGGCCACUCCCCCUCCCUCUGUCCUGACACAGAGCAAGAAAGUGGGAGGGGACCUGUCUAAUGAGCUGGUGAGGCACUUCCUGAUUGAGUGCACUCAGAAAGGGGUACGGCUUAAGGGCUGUCCCAACGAACCCUUCUUUGGAAGUCUGACUGCAUUGGUCUGUCAACAUUCCAUCACCCCCUUGGCCCUGCCCUGCAAACUCAUCAUCCCCGACAGAGAUCCUCUGGAAGAGACUAGUGAGCCAUCAACACAGUCAGCCACCAACUCUGCUGCUGAGCUACUCAAACAGGGAGCAGCCUGUAAUGUGUGGUUCCUGGGCUCAGUAGAGCUGGAGUCUCUAACAGGGUACCAGGCUGUGCAGAAGGCAGCCAGCCUGAUUCUGGCCAUGGACCCUCCUUCCUCCUCCACUGUGGUCCACUUCAAAGUCUCAGCCCAGGGCAUCACCCUCACUGACAACCAGAGGAAGCUGUUCUUCAGGAGACACUACACUGUCAAUACAGUCAUAUUCUGUGCUCUUGACCCACAGGAACGCAAGUGGACAAGAGAUGGCUGUUCCUCUGCUAAGAUCUUUGGUUUUGUGGCGAGGAAGUCGAUGAAUGGGACGGAGAACGUGUGUCACCUGUUUGCUGAACACGACCCCGAACAACCCGCCAGCGCCAUCGUGAACUUUGUCUCCAAGGUGAUGAUUGGCUCACCGAAGAAAUAACACAUGCAUGAAUUCUCACACACACACACACACACACACACACACACACACACACACACACACACACACACACACACACACACACACACACACACACACACACACACACACACACACACACACACACACAUUGUUUGUCCUGCUGGUACAUACAGCACUCGAAUGCUGAUGUAGAAGAGGAGGGACUAAUGCGUUGCAUUAUGGGAUACUACCUGCAGAAGACAGUAGCAACAUCUUUACGCUACACACCAGGGGCCUCAUUUAUUGACAUUGCAUUUGAUUUAUUGACACAAAAUUUGCCCCAAAAUCUGCAUGCACCAGUUUUCAACAAAAGUUAUCAUUUAUAAAAACUUGAUGUGAGAAUGUUAUCACCUCCCCGCAAACUUUAGAACAUGCACAUGCACAUCUGCUCGUGGUUGAAAUAUUGUGUUACAAGCUGGAAAGUAAGGAGUUUGUAACGGUCUGUUGACAGGUAAACAGCAGUUUGCUAGUGUUUUCUCUUUCAGAAACGGACUGACAGUCCUUUUCCAGAUACACCAUAAAUUACAGCAAAAGAUUAAAACAUCAUGCCAACACAGUAAAUAGACUGGUAGUUUAUGUAAAUGGGUAUCUGGCUAUAGGUGACAGUAUUGCUGUGCGAUAGGAGCGCGACAUCAUUGCGUAUUUAAUCUCAGAGCAUAUACCAAGGCAGGACAUAGAAACCCAAUAUUCUAUUGAUAAACUAAAUAUUGAGCAACAAUUCUUGUUUUGCAUUCUGUGGCCUAAUGCCAAUCGUUCCAAAUUAUUACUCGUUCACACACAGUUGUAAAACUGUGCCUGCGCCAAAUUGAUAAAUGUCAAUAUUUCUGUACAUGUAUUUCCAAUACUUUUCAGAAAUGGGUCACGCAGACAUCUAGUGUGAAUGUAUGCAAUGGUUAUACAUGAGGCCCCAGAGGUGUACUAUAGGGUGACGUUGCCCCCUAGACACUGAUCUUGGGUCAGUUUAGCAUUUCCCCCACUAAUGGUUAGGAUUGGGGGAAGGGAAAUCUGAUCUGAUCCUUUAUCUGUUACUAGGAUAAGCUUUACCCUGAAGCACAUUGAGGACUUAAAAAAAUACUUUAUUAAUAUAACUUUUUGUUAUCAGAGGAGGCUGAUGGGCAGAGAUCAUUGUAAUGGCUGGAAUAGACAGGUAUCAAACACAUCAAACACGUGGUUUUAUUACAAUGAGCCUGUCCUCCUUUAUCUCCGCCCAACAGCCACCACUGCUGUGUGUGUAUAUAUAGUCAGGAUGUCAUUGUAAAGGGAGGUAAUCUGUCAUGUAUGAUAUGUAUUUUUAAUUCAGACAUGUUUUUAACAAAUGUAUUUGCUGGAAUGUAAUCUAUAUAUGAUAUUGUCCCUCUCAUCACACAGCAUUACUAGUCUGUCUCUACCCGCCAUGCAGAGUAAAAGGCUCUCAACAAAGAACAUGGUCACGUUUAAUCACGUCAGCCAAUCCCUUUAAAGUCAUAUUAUCAAUGAAACACGAUACACUUUACAAUCCAGUGCUUGACUUGGUGCGGAACACACCAAUAUAAACAGUACCGGAACCUAAAAUUAGUUCCGGCACCGACUUCAGUCCAAGUCAUGCACUGCUACUACUUUCUUUAGAAGCUUUUCAUAUAGAUACUAUAUACUGUACUUUUCCUCUCUAAGCCAUUAGUAUCAACCUGUAAGCCAUUAGUAUCAACCUGUAAGCCACUAGUAUCAACUGACAGUUUUUUUCAAUCACUUUAGUGCUAUUUUCACAAGCAUGUGGUGAAUUUCCUAAUUUCUUAGUACAAAACUCCAAACUGGUAACACUUGUAAAGCAGCCAGUCUUAAAUUCAAAACCUCCUAUUUUGCAUUCAUCUUUCACCACACAACCAUUGAUCCACAAUAUACAUUUACUGUAAAAUACCAUCAUAACUUUGAUUUAAUCACCAAACACAACAAUUUAGUUUUUUUUUAACAACCAGCUAAUGCAAUAGCAAACAAUGCAAGAUACAUGUCUAAAAAAUGCACUUAAAUUACAGUACUUUACACUGUUUUCACAUUAGGCAAAACACUUUCACUACCCAUCAAAAUGUACUCGUCAAAAAGAUAAAAUCACAUUUCCAUCAUUUCUAUGUUAUGUGUGAUCAGAGGUGUGAUCAUUGAAGACAUCUUUCACAGUCAUUGAUGCAAAAAAUAAAUGUAUAUUGUUCAUAGUUGUACUGCAAUCAUAUGAAACAAAUUAAAUUAAUGAAAAAAACAACAACAUUUAGUAGGCACUUGUUUUCAUCAAGCCUGUCUUCUCAUCAACAUCUCAGUAAAUGUCCUCGUUGUUCAUACACCUGGUAAAAAAUAUUGGCACAGCGAAUCCAAGCCUGACAUCUGGUUUGAUGUCAUUGCAUGGCCUGAUGAGGGUGGCACGCUCAUUGGAAUGACAAUCAUACACCUUCCACCUGUAUUGUAAUUGUGUAUUGUAUUUUACAGUAUUGUAUUGUACUUAUGAUUUGUAGGGGUCCUGUGUGGCUCAGUUAGUAAGAGCAUGGUACUAGCAAUACCAGAGUGGUGGGUUUGAUUCCAAGGUUGGGGUCAAUUCAAUUCCAAUUCUCGUCAAUCAGUAACAUUUGGAAUUAGAAUUAGGUUUCAUGUGACAUUUUGAAUUGACUGGAAUUGACUCCAACUCUGUUUGAUAUACAAGAAUGGCCAAUGCAAUUUUAGUAAAUGAGUGUAACCCCCCCACCCCCUAUCAAAAAGACCCAGCAACUUAAUUUUGGAUUCAUGUUUACUGUAUAGGGCAGGGGAAUUCAACUCUGACCCUACAAGGCCCAGAGCCUGCUGGUUUUCUGUUCUACCUGAUCAUUAAGUACACACACCUGGUGCCCAACCACUUUAGAAUCUAUAGGUUUACCAAAUUAAGAGAUUAUCAAUUAAGAGUAAUAGGUAAAUGUAUUUUAACAAAUGAGAAGACAAUCAUAUCAAAGGUAAUGUGAGGAUUGCAUUGUGAAAUGCAAUGACUUUAUAUGAACAUGUAUUGCAAUGUGAAACAUUUAUUUCUAGAUGAAACAUUGAUGAAGUUUGGUGAAAAAUGACUAUGAUUUUACGUGUUGUGUUUAGUCAAUUGAAAAUGUGCUUAGCAUUUUGAAACACCUGCCUUUUUGGUGAUCUGUUUUGAGUUUUGUACUAAAUGUUCCACAUGCUUGUGAAAAUUGCACCUCAGUGAUUGAAAAAAACCUGUAAUAGUGUUCAACCCCGCCAGGGAAUAGCACCAUAUCACACAGGUGUAGGAUCUGUAAACUUGUAGUGUAUUCGCUAUUUAAAAAGGCUUCUGACGUUUUUAAUGUCUACUUGAUUUGCACUAACUAAAAAUGUAUCAACCCCGACAAAGAUGUGCAGCAUUAAUUAUAAUCCACAUAAUAAUGCACAUUUCCUGUUGCUGCAGGAUUCUUUUCCUGCUGUGAGAAACUGCUCCAAUGAGUUUGUGGUGAUUCUACGUACAUGUUGAAUCACCUCUGUUUGAUGACACCCAAUAGACGAUCUUCUGGCCACAGACAACAUGUGUUAUUAUUGUGUCUUCCAUCCUAGACAAAAACUCAUAUCUGUUGUCCCUUUAAAUAGAUUUUAAAACAUUUGGAAAUAUAUGUAACAUGACGCAUUAUGUUUGAAAGAAGAACAACUCUGAGAAGACAUGAAACCAUGCAACAUGGUGAUGUGUUGCUCUUGAGAUGAGUGUUGUAGCUAUGGUAAGUAUGUGAGGAACACUGCAUCCCAAAUGGCAACCUUUCCCUAUACUGUAUAGUGCACUAAACACGCUGGACACAGAUGUCAGUUUAACGUCUAAUUGUAACAGUGUCAUUGGAUUCAGGUUAAAAGUUGGAUAAGAGAGGAGCGUUGGUGUAUAUUCAAUACCAAGCAGUUUUACAUGUUGAGUCGUCGUCAUCACAUUUAUUUAUUUUGUUGAAAUUAAUUAGAAACAAUGUUGAUUAAAACAGUUUGUGCCCAGUGGGAAGUAGUGCUCCUCUGGUCAGAGGUAGUGCACUAUAUAGGGAAUCAGGUGGCAGUUGGGAUGCAGCCUAGUGCUAACCGAAGUCUCUUACUUGUCAUUCUGUUGUAGAGUUGAUGGGCUUGGUAGGGAACACUUUUUCAUACUCACAUGUUUCUGUGAUCCGUGUCUCCUACUUUUGCCCCCAAAGCAUAACUUGGGCACUCAAUUGUAAAAAUGUGUAAAUGAAUGUUGUAUAGUUGGUACUGUAACAUUAUCCUCACUAACAUAUUUUUGGAAAAUAAAAAAACAACAGUUAAUGUAUUACAUA